AUGGUGCUUUUAAUGAAAAUCUUUGAUAACUCCUCUACCGAUACCACAACAGCUACUUCUCCAAAUCUUUUACCAACAUUAUUAACUACACCUUCAACUACUUCAAUUCCUACAUCAACCAUUUUAACACCAGCAAUAACAACAACAACCCCAAAUAUUGCUUCAAAACAAGUUGAUACUCUUUUACCUAGAACACCCCCAGCAUUAUUAAAAGAAAAUGAAGGAAAAGAAAAAACGCUAGAAAAGGAAGAAGAAAAAUUGAAGGAAAAGGAAAAUUUAUCUUUGGAGAAGGAAAAAGUUGAAGAACCUGAAAAACUGAAAGAACAACAACAACCAUUAAUUAGUGUUGGGGGAGAUGAAGGAAUGGAAGAUGAAAUUAUUGUUGCACCACCAGCAGUUAUUAGUAAUAGUAAUACUUCACAAGAACAGUCUAGUAUAUCUAGUGUUAAUUUCAAUUUUAAUAUGGGAGGAUUGGGUGCAACAUCAACUCCAGUCAAUGCAAGUCGAAAUCCUUUUGGUUCAAUUCAACCAAAACCUGGCGGCCUUUUUAGUGGGUCUCCACAAAGUGAAUCAUGGAGGUCUCCUUUCAGUCCUUCUGUUAAUACAAAUCAAAAUAAUAGUGGAGCUUUUGGAUCUUUUGGAGCAAUUAGUAGUGGAGGUGGGGGUGGUGGUAGUUCUGGAUCUUCAGGUUUUGGUACUUCUCCUUUUGCUUCUGCUCCAAUAAAACCUUCAGUAUUUGGAGCAGCCCCAGUUUGGAACAGUCCUUUUGGUGGUGGGGGUAUGGCUAGCAGUGGUGGUUCUUCAGGUGCUGGAAGUGGAGGAGGAGGUUCUAUGUUCGGUGGUGGAAUUAAUAAAAGUGGUGGUUCUACAACAACAGGGAUUGGAACAACUGGAUUUUCUGCUUUUGCUUCAAAAUCAUCAGCCUUUGGACAAUUGGCAAGUCAAGCACAACAACAAAAUGAACAACAAAAACCUUCUCUAUUUGGUGGAGGUACCGCUUCGUUAAACACUUCAGGCGGUGGUGGUGGAGGAUCAGUUUUUGGAGGGUAA